ACAUAGAUUGAUGCCUCCAGGGCCCGCGUACAACUGGUACUGCGUGGCACACGGCGUGCUCGAGGUCCUCGGGCACGCCGCGCAAAUCCGCACGACUCAAGCCGAGUCCGGGGCUGCCCGGCUUCUGCGACGAGAGGCGCGUCAUGUGCCACGGCGUGCUGCUAGUGCAGAGGGUGAGGCGUCGCCUGCCCUCGUCCUGAGAGAGACAGCGCCAGCCCUCAGGCACACUGCCGACGUCCAGGUCCGGGACGCGCCGGCGUCCAAGACCUCGGUGCGACGCACGGCUGUGGACGCCUCUCUGGUCGAGAAAAAUACGUCUGUGCCUGUUUCUGAGGCUCGAAAGGCACGGGAGGAGCCUACUCCGUCUCCGGUUCCGGCAUCGCAUGAGAAGCUACUACAGACGUCGCCCGUAGUGACACAACAUGCGCCAGAGCUAUCAUCCGCGACUCGGAUACCGAACCCGCCAAGGCUAGAGUUAAAUACCAUGCGGAUAACGGAGCCUAUGAUAAGUGGAGCUGACAGCUCCCUUGUUGCUACUGUGACCUCUGCAGCGGUAGAGAGCCAGCUCAGCACCGCCGAGUCUUCAGCCGUAACAGGCGUCCCAGACGCACCCCUAAAUGUCACGGAACCUAUCGCAAUUCGCAAGCUGCAAUCUUCGAAGGUCCCAUCGUCUCGCAUAGGACGCCUCUUCCACUACGGAGGUCUCGCUGCGUCCUUGGGUUAUGGUGCCGCAUCUGAGCUCAUCCGACGCUCGACCGGCAACUCCGACCAGCACACAUCGCUCAUGAUGACCGAAGGUAACGUCAAACGUCUGGUGUCGAAGCUGACACAGAUGCGUGGUGCUGCUCUCAAGCUAGGCCAGUUUAUGAGUAUACAAGACAGCCAUGUUCUGCCUCCAGAAAUAGAAGACGUGUUCAGGCGCGUGCAGGAUAGCGCGCAUUAUAUGCCUGACUGGCAGAUGGAAGAAGUUAUGAAGUCUUCCCUUGGUCCCUCUUGGAUGGACCACUUCGCAUCGUUCGACAGGACACCCUUCGCGGCAGCAUCCAUCGGCCAAGUACACUCCGCCGUCCUCGCAGCUUCAUCCUCUCCUACUGGGAAGGAGGAGCUCGUGGCAGUGAAGAUCCAGUUCCCAAACAUUGUCAACUCCAUCGAGAGCGACCUCGGCUACGUCAGGUUGCUGCUAACGGCAGGAAAGCUUUUGCCGAAGGGGCUCUUCUUGGACAAGACGAUCGCGGUCAUGAAGGAAGAGCUUGCGGACGAGUGCGACUAUACGCGCGAAGCGUCUUUCCUGAAGAAGUUCGGCGAGCCGUCAUAUCUGGGCAGCGACCCGCGAUUCAAGGUGCCCUGGGUCUGGGAAGGCAGUUCUGAGCGUGUGCUGGUCAUGGAGAUGGUCGAUGGCGUCAGUGUUGGUGGGAACGUAAUUGAGGGCAUGCCACAGGAGGACCGCAACAAGAUUGCCACCGGAAUCAUCGACCUCUGCUUGAAGGAGCUAUUCGUGUUCAGGACGAUGCAGACCGACCCAAACUGGACGAACUUCCUGUGGAACAAAAGCACACGCAGAAUUGAACUUGUCGAUUUCGGGGCCACGCGUGAAUAUUCGAAAGAGUUCAUCGGCAGCUGGUUCCGACUCUUACAGGCUGCAGCGUCCGACGACCGGCAGGCCUGCAUAGGCUGGAGCCUGAAGGUCGGCUAUCUCACCGGGGAAGAGAACGAGCUCAUGCUCGAUGCACACGCCACGUCCAUGUCCCUGCUCGCGACGCCGUUCAAGGCGCGCACGCCGCAGCCGUUUGCGUUCGGGCCCCACUCGAGCUGGGCGGACAUCACGGCGCAGAUCCGUGCACAGAUCCCAGUCAUGCUGCAGCAUAGGCUAACUCCCCCGCCGAGGGAGACGUACAGUCUCAAUCGGAAACUGAGCGGUGCAUUCUUACUUGCCGCUCGUCUUGAUGCGAAGGUGGACACCAAGAAGCUUUGGGACGACGUUGUGAGUCGGUUCCGGUUCUAGAUUGAAUGGGUUAGUUGUGCGUACGAUACAUAUUGCCGGGCAAUGGCAAUGUCUCUUUGCUCUCCGUCGUACCCUUCCGAUGCUCCUAUGACCGGAGUUGAGGUGAGAUGAAAUCAAAGGGUGCCAGCAGGUGGAGAUUGCUUACACUCACUUUUCGGCCGCCCAGGGUUUAUCGUGUCAAGGACUGUCAACGCUGAAGCGCAUUUAAUAUAUGUUUGCACCUUCGUCCGGGGCCAUCACCCCUUCAUUCCGUCUCCUGCCGGAGUGAGAUUUUCGGACUUCAUGUACAUCUGCAUGUAUUUGGGGAGGCGGUCAUUCUCC